CGCCUGCUCGUUUCGUUGCCACCAGUUCGGCCGUAGCGAAUUUUCAGGCGGUAACAAAACAAAAGGCGAGGAGUUGAGGCGCGCGGCGGUUCCACGCGGAGUCACGCGAGCGACACAACCGUUUGCGUCCCGCGCUCUGGUCUGGAGCGACUCGCGGAAAAGAGGAGCGCUCGUUGUUUCGUGGCAUAGAUAGUUUGGAUAAGUCGCCGGAGGAGGGGUUCGCGUCGUCUUUUUUCCUUGACGCUCCUUCGCUUGUUGUUGAGCUCGUCACGCACUGGCACCACUUGGUCAGUGUAAAGACAGAGAAUAAAAAACAAAGGCGACUUUUCACCCUCGCCUCGUCAGCAGGAGGAGAAGUCAGAAGAGAAGCGCAUGGUGGUGGGAGAAGAAGGUGGCGGCGGCGAGCGACGGCUGAAGAGGAGUAGAGAGCCCAUAAAGAAAGAGAGAAGUGCAGUGGGAAGGAAGGAUUUCCUUGAGGAAAGAGAAGGAAUAUUUUAUGAGCUGCAGUAGGAGGAGGCGGUGAAGAAGCCUGAGCGUCGCGUGCCGAGCAACACGCCGUGGUUGAUGAAGUAAAGAAAUCGAAAUAGACUAGAGCAGCUGGCAGAAGCGCGACAAAGCAAAGGCGCCGAGCCCGAGUGCAGCAGCGGGAAGGAGGGAAAGAGAAAGAAGAUCCCUGCGUUCUUCGUGUCCAUUUCUCACGUGGUGUCUGUGUGGAGCGUGCCACACACCCACUCCAGAACAACAACGGCUUUUGCUUGCAUCUUCCAGUGUUUCUUCUGUCAGCAAGUCCAACAGAGUUGCAGCUCGCCCAGCGCCAGCCCGGAGCCCAGCGAGGAGCAGGCCGACAGGGAGAUGGUGAAGAUGACCAAGUCCAAGACCUUCCAGGCCUACCUGCCCAACUGUCACCGAACCUACAGCUGCAUCCACUGCAGAGCCCACCUGGCGAACCAUGACGAGCUCAUCUCCAAGUCGUUCCAAGGCAGCCAGGGCCGAGCCUACCUCUUUAACUCUGUGGUGAACGUGGGCUGUGGGCCAGCCGAGGAGCGGGUGCUGCUCACGGGUCUGCACGCCGUGGCCGACAUCUACUGUGAAAACUGCAAAACCACUCUGGGCUGGAAAUACGAACAUGCUUUCGAGAGCAGUCAGAAGUACAAGGAGGGCAAGUUCAUCAUUGAACUGGCGCACAUGAUCAAGGACAAUGGAUGGGAGUAGGGCAGCCCCGUGACCCCAGCUUUUCAGUGACCUUUCACCCCUGGCCCAGGACUCCGUGGAGCCGCUGCUCUGUGGGGGUGGGGGGCGUUCUACUCAUUGUGAAUAUUAACAAAGGAAGAUUAAGAAAAAAAAAAAAAAA